UAAUUUGAUAACAUGCGCUUAAGCAUAAUUCCGGUUUUAUAUAUAAAUGAUACGAAAUAAGUAUAUUUUGCAUUCCUUCCUAUAACUUCAAAGGCAUAAGACAUGAUCGUCAAAUUUCUAAUUUACCUUUUAUAUCCAGCCAGCAUCCUUGCUUUCCUCGAUAUAAGGGUUUCCAGAACUGAGGAUCAAGUAAAAAUCGAACCUGUCGCAAAUUAUACCUUAAAAGAUUGCAGUGAAAAGGGAGACGUUUUGUUUCUGGAGCAUUUGAAAAUCGAACCGAUUCCAUUGAAACUUCAGGAAAAAUUUACACUGAGACUCACUCUGACUUUAAACGAAGACAUUCCAUCACCAAUACAGGUGCACAUCGAAGCAGAAGCACUCGUUAGCAGAUUAUUUAGUACCCCACACAAAAUGAAAUUCCCUUGCGAAUUGUUCUUGAAACCCUUAAAUUUGAGUUGCCCUAUAACAGAUCUGUGCGAAACAAUAUUUAUAAAGGAUAAAAACUGUGCCAACGUCGAAACGAAUGAAGUAUAUCCAUGUUCCUGUCCAUUAAAGAAGGGCAUGACAAUGUUCUCGGAAUUUAAAAUCAAUCCGGGCGAAAUUCCACCCCCGAUUUUACGAUAUUUGAGGGCAUUCCGUCCUAAUGCUAAUAUAAAACUCAUUGCUAAACGACUAAAUCGAAGACUCGGAUGUAUAUCCGCUGAUGUAUCCAUUUUUACAUUGUAAUCGUGCACCAUCCUUGGCCCGUUGUCUACGAUCUCUCGACUUCUCAAAUUACUAUUUGUUAUGAUCU